AUGGCGUCCGCGCUCACCAACGUGAGCCUGUCUACCUUCGCGCCCACGGCCAGGGGCGACGUCCUCGCCAGGCCGCAGGUGGCCGCCGCCCGCGUCACCUUCCCGACGGCGUACCGCGGCAGCGGUGCCCUCUCCUGCAGGGCGGGCGGGCCGGCCACGCCGCCGGGCAUCUCCGACAAGAUGUCGGACAGCAUCAAGGAGGCCCAGGAGACGUGCUCGGAGGACGCCGCCAGCGGGGAGUGCGCGGCGGCGUGGGACGAGGUGGAGGAGCUCAGCGCCGCGGCCAGCCACGCCAGGGACAAGCUCAAGGACUCCGACCCGCUCGAGAACUACUGCAAGGAGAACCCCGAGACCGACGAGUGCCGCACCUACGACAGCUGA